AAAACCGAACUUGUUCUGGUUAUCAGUUACUCGGUUAGGUCUUCUUCUUCCUUUAACACCAGAAAAACGUUCCUCGAAGAUGGCAACUGAUAAAUGCCGCUGCGAUGGGCAGACUUUGGGCGGCGAGAACAGGAGAGUUUUCUGCGAAGGACCCCUGCUGGAUGCCGUUCAAAGGUCAAAGAUGUUUCCCUGCUGCAAAUACUUUGUGGACAUGAGCUGCAUUUUUACACCUGCCCAAAUCCUGGAUGAUUUCAAUCUGUUCAGUAAUUGCCGCAGGAAUGAUGGCUCCCUGAAGUUCCUGCAAAUGUUUGUUGAGAAACACUUUAAUGAUCCUGGCUCAGAGCUGGAACCGUGGACUCCACCGGAUUGGAAGGACCAACCUUCGUUUCUCACCAGAAUCUGUGAUCCCGAAAUCAAAAAGUUCGGCUCGGAUGUUAAUGAACUGUGGAAACAGUUGGGUCGUCGUAUUAAAGAUGAAGUCAAAGCUAAUCCCGAUCUAUAUUCCAUAAUCUACGUUUCCAAUCCCUUUAUUGUCCCCUCUUCGGAUUGCCGGGAGUAUUGCUACUGGGAGUCUUUUUGGAUUAUUCGUGGCUUACUACAAUGUGGCAUGCAUCAAACGGCUCGGGGAAUGAUUGACAACUUUUUGUCACUGGUUCAGCAAUAUGGAUUUGUGCCCCAAUGUGGCAGAAUUUACUGUACUAGCCGCUCAAAUCCUCCGCUUUUGAUAAUGAUGGUUAAGGCAUAUAUGGAGGUCACCAAUGACGAGAAAUACGCCAUUAAUGCGCUUCCCUUGCUGGAAACUGAAUACCAAACCUUUAUAAGCAAGCACUCGGUUAAGGUGAAGGGCAAGACCAUGUAUCAGUACCGAGACUCCUCAGCUGGGCCAAGACCCGAGGCCUACAGCGAGGAUUUACAGUGUGUUGCCAAUAUCCAGAAUCCUCAGUUACGUGAAGUUAUGUACACCGAACUGAAGUCGGCUUCUGAAUCGGGCAUGGCCAACAGCUCUCGUUGGUAUGUGACCGCCGAGGGAACUAAUCAGGGAUCCCUUCGAGACACCAAAACCUCUGCCAUUGUGCCUGUUGAACUGAAUGCCAUCGUCUUCCGGAGUGGUAAAAUCCUGGCCGAGUUCAAUCGGAAGGCGGGAAAUACCGAGAAAGCUGAUGAAUACCAGGAUAAGGCAUGUGCCCUGGUAAAGGCCAUUCGGGAUAUCUUGUGGAAUGCCCAGGCAGGUAUUUGGUUGGACUACGAUCUGGUCAACAAGAAGUCACGGAACUAUUUUUGCUGCACGAAUUUUGCUCCCUUGUGGGCCAGGGCUUUUCCCCUGGUCGAUACGGAAAAAGUGUCCAAUGGGGUGAUGCAGUACAUUAUGACCAAUAAUUUGGAUGAGCAAUAUGGUGGAGUACCUUUUACGAUGAAUAUGGAAUCUGGCCAGAAGUGGGACUAUCCCAAUGUCUUUCCACCCAUGAUGUUCCUGGUCAUUGAGGGACUUGAAAAUCUGGGUACUCCCGUGGCCAAAGAAAUGUCCAGACGCUGGGCUCAUCGUUGGGUGAAGUCGAAUUAUGCGGCCUACAAGUAUGAGAACUUUAUGUUCGAGAAUUACUUCUGUGAGGAAUUCGGUUCUUCGGGAGGAGCCUCUCCAGAACAUACUCCAGUGGGUUACGGUUGGACAAACGGGGUGAUCAUCGAGUUCCUCUGCAAGUACGGCAAGGAUAUCAACUUGGCCGACGACGUAGACGAGGGCUGCAAGAGCACAGCAGAGGGUGCGAAAGGUGCCGGCAAGCACGAGUACAUCAUUACCAGUGAGGCAAAUAUGGAUGACCAGCCUCCUAAGAAAGUCCAACGAACUCAAUCGCAACAAACACAAAAAGGAGCGGGUGGCAUAUGUUCCUGUGGGGCUGGAGCACAACAGCCAAAGCCACAGCAACAGGCUGCAGCAUGUGAACUUUGUGGAUCACAACGAACUCUAUUGCAACAAACUCAAUCGCAACAAACACAAAAAGGAGCGGGUGGCACCUGUUCUUGUGGGGCUGGAGCACAACAGCCAAAGCCACAGCAACAGGCUGCAGCAUGUGAACAUUGUAGAUCGCAACGAACUCAAUCGCAACAAACGCAAAAAGGAGCGGGUGGCACCUGUUCCUGUGGGGCUGGAGCACAACAGCCAAAGCCACAGCAACAGGCUGCAGCAUGUGAACUUUGUGGAUCGCAACGAACUCAAUCGCAACAAACGCAAAAAGGAGCGGGUGGCACCUGUUCCUGUGGGGCUGGAGCACAACAGCCAAAGCCACAGCAACAGGCUGCAGCAUGUGAUCUUUGUGGAUCACAAAAAGGGCAACAAUCCCAAGCCCAAAUGCGGAGAUCCCAGAUCCAGCAAGGACAAACAGGAGCAGACUGUGCGUGUGGGGCAGUAGCAAAGAUGCAACAACAGCAAAGAUCUCAGCAGCAGUUUCAAGGGGCAAGGGGAGCUCCAAGUGACUCGCAGAAGCAGCAACAACAACAGAUGCAGAUCCAAAAGGACUGCAUGCAACAGCAACAGGAGCAGCGUCGGGAGUUUCAGAGGCAGGAAGAGAAACGGCAAUGCGAAGAGAAGAAAGAAGAUUGCACCACUAAGCCACAGCCUCAGGAUUGCUCUAAGCAUCUGAAAAGCCAGCAAGAAAUAGAGAAUGCCUGUAGUUGCAUGGAUGAUGACGAGGUUCAGGAUGGGGCAAAGCCAGGACAGACUGGUAACUACUUCCCAGUGGGCGACAAAGAAAUUAGUAAUACACCUGCGUCACGGACCCGAACCUCGGAUGGCAGCGAUGGUGCCAAUGAUUGCUCUUGCUUGGAGGGCCAAGGUCAAGGGAAUGUUGCUCCACCACCAACCUUUAUAUGUCCACAUUGUGGUGGCCUUACAAGUCAGCCGCCGUCCGUGUGCGCCUCCACCCAUACAGUGGGCACCAAUAAAGCCUCUGCACAGCAGGAUGAUUGUGAUUGCUCUGGUGCUGGAGCUGGUGGUGCAUCUGGUCCGCAGCAGCAGCAAAGUUCAGCCAAUGCAGGUGCAGGUGCCACCGAGUGUGGUCCUUGCAAGUCUCGCCUAACUUCAGAUUAUCCCACGGGCCAUGGACCCAAGCCCUACUUUAACAAGCAAUUCCCGCUGGCUGAUCCUGUUCAUACUGAAGGAAACUGCCCCCCGCCAUCUGAGAAGAAUAAGAAGAAGAAGUGCUGCAACUGUGACGAAAAAGAAGAAGAGGAAUAAUAUGAUCACCCAAAGAUCAUUGCUCUAGAAAAUCAACCGAAGGCCGAACCGAAAAAUUUAGUGUGUCAAAUUUGUAGUGCUUUUUCGAAAAUAUCCAAAAUAAAGAAUUCAAAAUUA